UUUGGGUUUCUUCCUUGUAGAUUCUAGCCGAGUUAUGGAGCCUGAAGGGCAUGAAGAGCACUUAACAUCAGGUUCUGUGACUCCAGGAAUCCCGAUUGCAAAUCCACAAGGGAUCCUUACCAUAGAAGAAAGUAGUGGCAAUUUCAUAAUUUCCGAGUCAAGUGAAACAAGACAUAAGAAGGAACCAUGUGACAAUGGAGAAAGAACCUCAAAGGAUAGCAAUCAAACAGCUUUGUGUGGCAGCGAGGGGAUUAAUGAAUUAAAUACUAAAUCUUCUGCUGGAUUUAUUGCUACAUUAUCCGUGGUUGAUAAUUCAAGGAAGAAGGUUAACAUUGACAAUAUCGAGGAAAAUGUUCAUACUUCUGUAGAGGCUGCUGAGAACAUAAAGCAAAUGUCAUCGAGGUUGGAUGCUCCGCAGAUUAGACCUAGACAUUUGUCCUCUACUGCAGAGUUUAGUGCCGAGGCUAAAAGACCAAGGAUUAUAUGUGAGUUUCAUGCCAAAGGGUGGUGCAUCAAAGGAAAUUCUUGUAGAUUCCUUCAUAUAAAGGAGGGAGAUUUAGAAACGGCGAAGAAAGAAAGUGAAUUUUUGGCUGUGGAAGAGGCACUACUGAGAGAUGAGAAUGAUUUCGCUGUUGCAGCUCCUUCUGUGGCACAUUUUCCAACACAGGAAAGUGGAGAAAAACCGAAGUUGAAUAGCGAGAAGUAUAGCCAUUAUGCUUCUCCACUGGUCAUGUACAGUUCUUCAAAUUAUAGGAAUACCGCAUUACAUGGAGAUUUCUCUAGUUGCUAUAGCAUAUCAUCUGAUAAUUAUCGAAGCACUGGAAUCUCCUCUUAUGGGACAAGUAUAGAGGGAACGACUGAUCAGAAAAGCCAGUUUUUAUCCCGUGACCAUAUCUCGCGAGGCUUAAGCUAUUCUCUUUCUAGGCCACCAUUCUCUUUUAGUUCAUCCUCUUGGAAUACUGAUGCACUUCCGACCCUGAAGCUUUUGGAAAGCAGUAGGCAGCAUCAUGUUUCUUUAUCAUCCUCUUUUCGGCGAAGCUCUUUGUCAUUUUCUGGUUCCGAGUCAAAAAGUCUUUCUCAAAACAAUGUUUUCAGCGACGCAGACCACUCAUAUGGCUACAAAACUAAUAUAUCUUCUGAUGAUUGGGAGCCGUCUGUUCCUUUCCGCCCAUCGCAUUCUAUUACCCAGAAGUUAUUAUUUCAAGAAAACCAAUACGAUCCCAUUCGUCAUAGCAUUGAGCAAACCGUUGUUGGAGAUGGGCUCUUAAAAUCUCCUUAUUCUGAUCAAAGGGCAUCUAAUAAGAACACACAAUUGCAGUCGAACAAUUCACAAGAAGAUGAGAACCUUUUGAAUUCUGUACAUGUUAAAGAUAUCAAAAAAGUGUCUACAUCAAACUCUGGUUCUAGACUGGAAGGUGAUGGGUCAAGGAAUAAGACAGAACCAAAAGUAGAGGAAGUUAGCCAAAACAAUGAACAUGACAUUGACAUGAAGACAAAUGGACAUGUGCAGAAAGUAUCAAAAACCUUGAAAAGUUUUCAAAAUGCACUUGUGGAAUUUGUAAAAGAAUUGGUGAAACCAACUUGGCGCGAGGGACUUUUAAGCAGGGAUGCUCAUAAAUUGAUAGUUAAGAAGGCAGUUGACAAGGUUCUUAGUACAAUGCAGUCUGACCAAAUUCCUAGCACGGAUGAAAAUAUUAAUUUAUAUCUUUCUGUGUCUCAGCCAAAAAUUGCGAAGCUAGUUGAGGGAUAUAUUGAUAAGUAUGGGAAAUCUUGACGUGGCUGAUUUGCUAGGCUUUGCACCUUAUCUUAUAUUUUCUCCAAACUGGGAGUUUCAGGCCUGUCUUUGCUUGCCCACCAUGCCUUCGUCUGAAGGCUUAGCUGGGACUCAUGAAAUGCUUGAAAUUUGUUUGAGGUUUCGUGUUUUAUGGAUAGAACUUUAAUCCCUUUUGUACAUGGGAGUAAUUAUAAUUUCUAUUUUUAAUUUCUAUUUUUAUGCUCUAAUUAAUUGAGCUUACUAAGCAAUCUUUGGUUACAUGCUUAACUUUGCAAAUAGAAUGAAGGUUGCAAUACUUCUGUGCUAACUUACAUAAGAAGUCACUGCGAAUUGUUUUUGUGAGAACUGCAUUUAAUUUUCUGCAUUCGUCAAGUUUAGGAUAUGACAUUCUAUAGUUAUCGGAUGUAGAGACUAUUAUUGACUGAUGUUUGCUUGCUCUCAAAACCUGAAGUUUUUUAUCCUGACCCUGUUAAUGGUUGUUGAAUUUAAUGGUCCAUAUCGAUCGUUGGUGUUGCAAGCUUCAUGAUAAAUUGUUGGUUGUGGUUUUUAAUCUCUUAUCGCUUGUUAAUUAUAUAUCUCAAUGAGCGUUGCUCACAUCUCUGCGUGGUUAGUGGUAUAUCCUUCCUUUUUGAAUGCAGUGACAAGUUUUUACGAUAGAAACAAGGCCAACAUAAAAUAUGUUUCCUCAAGGUUCUGUAGGAACUGAUACAAUAUGAGAAGAGGAAAUAAGAUCAAGAAGAUUUUAAAAUUGCUGCUUUUAGCCCAGGACCUGACCAUCAGAAAAUGAUUUACAGCUGAAAGUUAGUUGAUUAAUAUCCAAUUGUUGAGCUCAACUCAGUGCAUCAAAAUUCAGUCUCAGUUCUUUUUUCUGCAUUUUGGCUGCCGGUUUGGGAAGGGGUUUUGGAAGUGAUUUCCGCAGUCGAUUUGUUGGGUGUUGGUCUUUUAUAUAUACAAGGCCACCAAAAGAGAGUGAUUUACUCGAGGCAAUAUCUGCAGUGACGUCUGGGGCCAUUUUGUUUGACAUCCUUUGUUUGACAUCUUGGUUGCAAUGAUUUCUGUGACAGGUUCUUUCAUGGAUGGUGCUGGUCGAACAACUCGGCAGUCUCUGCACGGGGUGGCAAAUGACUGGAAAAACCUUUGGCUAAAUGAUUGUCUCGAGGGGCACUUCUCAUUUGUUUUAUAUUUUACUUCCAUAAUUUGUUUCUUAUUGGAAUU